UGUUACAGGUGCUGUUGAGUCCAUUAUCACUGUGAGCGCAGUGACAGGGACAGGGGCAGGCUGAGACUCUUGAGGACAUUUUUCUCUCCCACGGCUUCCAGAGCGACAACAGCGGCGCAAGCUGAGCACGCGACACCCAGCUGCGGUCCACCUGUCCUGCUGCGUUUGACGGCUAAGUUAUCAGAGGAAGGUGCUGACAGGUGACUUGCCACCAUGUUUAAAAAAAGCAAGAAGACCGCCGCUAUCACCCCUACGCCUACGACGCAGCAAAAAUCAAGUACCAGUACAGACUUGGCUGCCAUUGUUGAGAAGUUGCAGAAGAACGCUGAUAAGGUGGAGAAGAACAUCUAUGAUAUCGAGCAGAACCUCAACAAGGAUGUUGGUAAGAUCAACGAAGGGAAGCAGCCUCUGUAUCAGGAUGAUACUAAUAAGAGAAUCCUCAACUCUCUGGAGCUGCUCGAUACCCUGGAUGAAGAUGCCCGUGCAACCAAGCGCCUCCAGCAUCCUCAGGCGGAGAUGAUUGAGCAAGACAUGGUUCAGCUGCGAGAGAGGGUGAAUAAGCUGAAGGAGGACCAUGAUCGGAUCUACCACCUGAACCGCGCGGAGGGGAUGCCCAGCGUUAACUGGGGCAACAUCAUGGAAGACAAACUGGAAAACCUGAACAACAAGGGCUUUGGUGAAGAUCUGCCCACUUUGGAGAAGGAGGUGGAGGAGCACAACAUCUUCCAGAGCGAGGUGGAGGCGCUGGCUCCCCACAUCUCUACUGGAGGAGACAAGGAAUACCUCAGCGGCCUCCGGUCCAAGUAUGACAAACUGCUGGCCAGCUCUAGUGCUCGCCAGCGCCAUCUGCUGAGCCUUCGGGACUUCAUGCAGCGCUGCACCAAUGAACUUUUCUGGAUGGACCAGCAAGGACGGGAGAGGUUUGACUAUGACUGGAGUGAUGCUAACCUGGACUACCCCGCCCGCCGAAGGCAGUAUGAGAACUUUAUCAAUAAAUGUCUGGAGAGCAAGGAGUCUACCAUCAGCAAGCUGAAUGAAGAUGCAAACAGUCUGAUAGAUGCACAACACCCAGCAAAGAAUGUCAUAGAGGCGCACAAUGAAGCGGUCCAUGCUGACUGGAAAGAGUACCUGAACCUGCUCAUCUGUGAGGAAAGUCAUCUCAAGCACAUGGAUGAAUAUCACAAGUUCCACAAGGAAGCACGCGACACUCAGGACCUGCUGAAGCGGCUGGAAACGGAAAUCAACCAGAAGUACAGCCCAGAGUACAAAGAUGUUUAUCAGACGCAGAGCCUGAUCUCCGAGCUGGAUGACCAGGCUAAGGCAGUGGAUCACAUUGACGAGCGGGUCAAGGGUCUCCAAAGCCGGAGCCUGCAGGUUCUGCCUCUGAAGUACCGGAGAGAAACCCCCCAGAAGCUGCUGCCCAUUGAAGCUCUGUGUGACUUUGAACCACUGGAAGAGAUGCUGGAGAUGAAGACGGUGAAAACCCCAAAGCAGGAUCAAAUUGUUCGCGGAGAAACGUACACCCUGCUCCGAAACAAUGGGUCCAGAUGGGAUGUGAAGGAUCAAACGGGACAUAAGAUCAAUGCUCCAGGCAUCUGCUUCAUGAUCCCACCCACUGACCCAGAGGCGGUGGCCAUUUCUGACAACUUGGCUAGUCAACAGAAAGCUGUCAAGCAGAAGCUGGCGUCCAGCAAAGCAGCUCUGCUGAAAAGAUUUGAGGAGCUGAAGAAGCAGAGUGGAGCAGGAACGGCUACUGACAAGGAUGAACAACAGUGCCGCCAGCUGAUGGCCGGUCUUGAUAAGGUGGUCAGUGACUUGGACAAACAGGAGAAAGAAAUUUAUGCUCGAGUACGCCCACCGCUGGAGCAGAACCGGACCGUGCCGGACAGCGCUGACCGCCUGCAGGACAUAAGGAACAUCGCUUCAACUGUCCGCAGGAUUGAGCCAGAGAAGACCUCUAAAGUUGCAGAGGCAAACAGCUUCUUGACUUCAAACCCAAACUCCCCCAGUGCUCCUCAGCUUCACAGCAAGGUGGAUGAGGCCAACAGGAAGUACACCAAGAUCGAGCAGCUUCUUCAGUGCUCCGAGGACAAACUGAAGAAUUCCAACCAGCUGGAGACCUCCAUUCAGAAAGGGAAGACUUUACUGUCUACCUACGAGAACACGCUGGCCAGGGAGGAGGUUGCUCCAGCUGACAUCCCCUCAGUGGAGAAAAUGCAGAAAGAACUUGCUGACUUGGGGUCAGACCUGAAGGCUCAGAGGUCAGUGAUCUCUGAAACGGAGCAGAACCUGCGCCUGGCCAAAGGCAGCUGUGACACCAUGGCCAGGGACUUCCAGGAGCAUUGUCCUGACAUCGAACGGCAGGAGGCUGAUGUUCAGAAACUCAACAAGCGCUACAACAACCUCAAUAGGCAGAUCGACACCAGGUCUCAAAGCCUGCAGAGAGCCAAGAUGGCUUACAAGAAUUACCAGAAUGACUAUAGCAGCCUGAACUCCUGGCUGUCCCAUAUCCCAAAUUAUGAGCCCCGUGAAACUGAUGACCUAAGACAACUAGACGCCAAGCUGAAGAAUCAAAGGAACCUGCUGUCUGACAUUUCAAGAAAGGAGUCAGACUUGAACAAUUUGUCAAAAAAUGCCCAGCUUUACCAGCAGGCCGUCAAGGACUAUGAGACUGAGACUGAGAAAUUCCGGUCCAUUCUGGAUCUGGAGGAUGGACUUGUCCCCCAGUCCUACAAGAGGAGCAGACUGGAAUCCCCUGCUUUGACAGUGAAAGCAGAGGAAGCUGCCAUGGAAGCAAAGUUCACAGAGGUGAAUGCCGUGAACAAGCAAAGGCUGCAGAAUCUUGAGUUCGCCCAAAAUCUUCUUAGCCAGCAACCUGAAAUUCCUAUGAUUCAGUCUUCCACCGUAAGAUCAGUCAAUGCUGCUGCCCCGGGAGAGGAGCCGUGGCGAAUCAGAAAGCAGCUGGAAGAUGAGAUCCACAGGCGAGAGCAGCUAGAAAAAGAAAUUGAGACCAUUCAGACUGACAUUUACCUCCUGGAAGGUCAAAAGCCCCAAGAUACCAUCGUCAAGAAGGAGCUCAUUAAAAAGGUUCCAGAUCCUCAGUUGGAUGAGGAGGUACACAAGGUUCAGCAGAAGCUGUCAGAGGAGCGCCGCACCACCCAUGUGCUGGAGAAUGACCUGGAGGUGCUCAAGCUAAAGCUGCGUGGCCUUGAGACAGAGGUCAAAGAAGGAGCACAGCAGUACACGGUCAAAGAGGUUUUGCGCAUUGAGAGAGACCGUGGUCAGGAGGAGGAGAUUCGCAAGCUUCGGGAUGAGCUAGAAGAACUAAGAAGACACAAGAUGUUGAAAGACAAUGAGCUGGUUCAGAUCCAAAAGCAGGUUACCCUACUGGCUGAGGAGAAAAACAAGGAACAGGAAGUGAUCACUGAGGAGGAAGUGAUCAAGGUCCAAAACGACCCACAACUUGAGUCAGAGUACCGUCUUCUCCUUGACAGAAAACAGAAAGAAAUGGAUAACAGGAAGCAGUUGGAGGAUGAGUUGCAGUUCCUUCAGGAGAAGCUCAGAAGAUUGGAGAAGGAGAAGGCAAUUGCUGAGGAGAAGAUUUCCAUCAAGGAGGUGCUGAAAGUAGAGAAAGAUGUUGUCUUUGAAAGAGAGGUAGAAAACCUCAGAAGGCAGUAUGAGGAUGAGAAGGCCAAGCGAAGAUCAUCACAACGGGAGAAGACAGACCUCCAGAGGAAAAUUCAAAGCCUGGAAGAAGAGAAGUCUAAGAUUGUGGUUCAGGAGAAGGUGCGUGAAAUUGUCCGCCCUGACCCCAAGGCUGAGAAUGAAGUGGCCAACCUCCGUCUCGAAGUUGUGGAGCAACAGCGGCGCUACAGAGAUGCUGAGCUCCAGCUGAAAUCCCUGCAGGAUGAGCUGGCUAUGCUAAGGAACAGAGGACCUCAAGUCGAAGUCAAAGAGAUCUUCAAAGAAGUGAUCAAAUAUAAAACCGAUCCACAGACGGAAAGAGAGCUGGAGAGACUUCGCAACGAAAUUGUUGAUAAAACUCACCUGACAGAAAAAUCUGAGAUGGAAAUCCGUCAACUCCGGGAUGAGAUCGAAAGAUGGAAGGCAACUAAACCGCAAAUACAGACGAAAGAGGUGGUCAAUGAAGUGGUGCAGUACAAAGAAGAUCCCAAGACUAAAGAAGAGAUUGAGACUCUGAAAAAGAAGCUGGCUGAUGAACAGAAGAAACGUCUUGAUCUUGAGGGAGAACGGUUAGCCCAAGAAGAAAAGAUUAGGCUAAAGAAGAUGGAUCUGUCUCAGGUGCGAGAGAAGAUUGUUCAGCAAGAAGUGAUUAAAAUGGAAGAAGACCCUGUGCUCAAGUCAGAGUGUGACACUUUCCUACAAAGUAUCAACAGUGAGCAAAAACAAAAAGAGAAUCUUCAAUCAGAGCUCCUUCUGCUGCAGAGACAGAUUGCUGAUCUGGACCAGCAACUGAGAGAACUAGAGCAAGAGCGCAAGGCAAGGCGUGAAGCAGAGCUGGAGAUCCAGAGACUUCGUGUCAGACUUAACGAGUUGGAGAUCCGGGACAAAGAAAAUCGUGAAAAGGUGACUGUCAAACAGAAGGUUGUACUUCAGCAGGAUCCCCAACAGGAGAAGGAACAUUCUAUCCUCAAACUGCAGCUUGACGAAGAACGACACAAACGUACCCUGCUUGAGAAAGAGUUGAACGCUCUCAUUCAGCAGCAACUCACCCUGGAGAAGAUGGAUGUGAAGGAAAGAGUUGUCCGCACAGAGAAAGUCCAAGUGGAGAGGGACCCAGAGGCUGAGCUUGAAAUUGAAAACCUAAGGAGAACGUUGGAAGAGGAGAAGAGAAGAAAGCGUGAUCUUGACCAGGAGUUGUCUGUGCUCACCUCCAAGUUGUCCGACAUGGAAUUUGCUAACACAAAGUCCACUAAAGAACUGGACUACAUCCGUGACGAAAGUAAUCGCCUCCAACAAGAAAACCAAAGGCUGCAGAAUGAGAUCCGCAAACUUCGUUCAGAAAUUGACAUCACCUAUAAAGAGACUCGGUUUAUCACUGAGUCUGCACCCAGGGAAGAUGGCAGGAACUUGGAGCUGAGGCUUGACUCACUUCAGAAGGAACUCGCAGAUCUAAGAAACAUAACGGCCCAAAAAGAUGAGGAGAUUGAAAAGCUUAAAAAGAACCUGGCAGCAGUGAGGAUGAAGAGAGAGCAAAGAGAAAGUCACCUCCGCAGAUCCAUUGUUGUCAUUGAUCCUGAUUCGGGAAGAGAGAUGCGACCUGAAGAGGCAUACCGACUAGGGUUGAUCGACUGGAAGAUGUUUGUUAACCUGCAGAGCCAGGAGUGUGAUUGGGAAGAGAUCACAGUUAAAGGCCCGUCUGGAGAGUCUUCUGUGCUUCACGACAGAAAAUCAGGGAAGAAGUUCUCCAUUGAUGACGCACUACGUCAUGGGCACAUCACAGAACGUCAGCAUCAGCAAUACCUAAACAAAGAAAUAUCCAUCCAGGAGUUUGGUGUAAUGGUGUCAAGCAAGCAAAAGUAAACUUCACCAUUCACAUGCUACACUGACCACCAUCUGUACUCAUCUGUUUAAUGGUCUCCAUGCUGUUCUCUAUCUCGUCACUCUGGUAUUAAUACCAUUUUGUUUAAUACUGCGGCAACCAGGCCUUCUUCCUGCCUUAAAUUUCCAA